UGGCGGUCGACACGAUCACGUGGUGCAACCAGAUGCAACAUGAUACCGAUCUUCCUGUCAAAAUAUUAAUUAUUUAUAUCAACUAGUUUAUAUUAACUCCUCGUCUGCAAUUUUGACGGUACAGUUUUGAAAAUACUGAGUGAAAAGGAGAUAAGGACUCUGAAUAGACUGUAAUUAUAUAUUAUAAACAAAUGGGCGUAUUGCACGAAACUCUGAUAAAUGUGAGGUUAAUGCACACUUGCAGUGUGCUGUUGAGAAGGAAUUUAAAAACUGUAAAAGGUAAAUCACACAGUUCGCAGCUAUGGCUGGAGAGACAAAUGCGUGAUCCCUAUGUGGAGCUCGCAAAGCAAGAGAACUAUCGCUGUAGAAGUGCCUUUAAAUUGUUGGAGGUUAAUGAGAAGUUUCGCAUUUUUACUCCGGGACAGGUUGUCGUGGACUGCGGAGCGGCGCCAGGUAGCUGGACGCAGGUAGCUGUAAAGUUAACCAAUGCCGACGGUAAAGAUCCCGAUGUACCUAUUGGAAGUGUUAUAGCUAUUGAUAAACUCCCAAUGCACCCGAUCGAAGGAGCUCGCAUCUUGGGGGGCUGCGAUUUCAUGGCCAAAGAAUCCCAGGAUAAGUUACAUGCCGUGUUGGGCGAUAAACCGGUCAAUUUGGUAUUGUCGGACAUGGCACCGAACGCUACGGGAGUCAAAGAGCUCGACCACGAUGGUAUCACCAGCCUAGCAUAUGCGGCUUUAAAGUUUGCUCUAGAAAUGUCACAUCCAGAUGCCACAUUUUUGGUCAAACUGUGGGACGGUGGUCAGUCUCAGCAGCUGGAGAACGACAUCUCCAGGUUCUACAACAAUAUCCGAGUGAUUAGGCCCAUGGCAACGAGAAGCGAAUCGUCUGAGAAAUUUAUCUUAGCCCGGGGAUUCAAGGGACUGAAAACCUAAGCUUCUAUACCUAAUUACGAGUACGUCAAGCUGUUUUGUAAAUAAAAUGUAGAAACAAUACACUAAUACACAGACUUUCAUCGUCUUACCUGGAGGAAGUGAUCGCCCAGUGAGAAAGAUAUCUGUGCCCAAGAUUUCAGAUUUAUUUAAUACUUCAAGUGUGACAAUAGGUAAUAUAACACCAUUUGGCAAGCCUCGGUGCAGUGUAUCGAUAUCGAAUCCAUGCUUCUUCCGUGACAAAGGUAUCGAAUCUGGAAAGGGAUUAAAAUAAGAGGCACGAUGCUUCGUCUAUCAAUAUCGUUAUAUAUAUAUAUCUUCACGUAAUUUCGUCGAAUCACGACCGAUCGAGCGAUCAUGCGAAACACAAACAUACGCAAUAUACAUCGACAUGUUCAGCUAUAAAUAAUACAUAGGAUUUAAUACAGUUACAAUUAAUACAGAUCGUCGUUACGGUGAGUGUUAACGUCAUAUCUCGCUCAAUGCGUCCUAUAUACAAUCCUCCGAUAAAGUCAUUAUGUACACGAACGGGAUAUGUAUACUAUAUUCAUAUGUAUAUACGUUAUACACGGUGUAGACAUUUAAUACGAGACAUACAAUAGACAGUUACCGGCCGCUGUAUCAAA